UAUUUUUGCUCAGACAGAAAGAGAAAGAUAGAAAUUUCUGAAGUUUCUUCCUUCCAAUCUUUAGGUGAUUCGAGGGGAAGAGGCUCGGGAUAUUUGAAACGUUUAGAGAAAAAGGAUGGAGGAAGAGCAUAUGGGCUUUCUAGGCAACAGAAAAUACUUAGAAGAAUAGUGUCAGAGCCUAUUCCUCUUAUUGCUCAGAUUGUGCAACAGCUUGGUGACGAAACAAUUGAAUCAACAAAAGAAUACUUGAGGAACCUAAUUACAAUGCCGGAAAGGAAAUAUGAGUUCUUUAGCCUUCAGAACAGACUUGAUGAGAGAUCUGAUCUUACCAAUCAGACUCUCUUGAACUGCCAUAAGAUCCAACUAGAGUUCUUGGUUGCAAUAAGAACAGGUCUUGGAAGCUUCUUAUCGGAAAACACCCGCCUUUUAACAUCAGAAUUGGUUGAAGUUUUCUUAAUUGAAAGGUGUCGAAACAUAAAUUGCAGGAGGCUUCUGCCUGUUGAGGAUUGCAGCUGCAAGAUUUGUUCAAUGAAGAAGGGAUUCUGCAGCGAAUGCAUGUGUCUUGUAUGUCUGAACUUCGACUGUGCCAAUAAUACUUGCAGUUGGGUAGGGUGUGAUGCAUGCUUACAUUGGUGUCAUGCUGUUUGUGGUAUUCAUCGAAAUCUUAUAAAGCCAGGCCCAUGUUUCAAAGGCCCUUCUGGGACAACCGAGAUGCAAUUUUACUGUCUCGGAUGUGGUCAUGCUUCGGAAAUGUUUGGCUUCGUUAAGGACGUGUUCAUGUCUUGUGCGAAGGAUUGGGGUGAGGAGACCCUGAUGAAAGAGCUUGAUUGUGUUCGAAAAAUCUUCCGAGGGAGUAAAGAUAUGAAAGGCAAGGAGUUACAUGUUAAGGCUGAUGUCUUGCGUACAAAGCUAGUUACAAAGAUGAUUUCCCCUUCCGAGGCCUGCAAUUUCAUAUUUCAAUUUUUCAGCGCAGGCAGCGACAAAUUGUUAGACUUUAGUAAUAUAGCUAGUCUUGGAAAACAUGCAGUUACUGAGCUUCCUGCAUCGACCUCUCUUAUCCUCGAAUCCUCAUUCCUUGACGUGAGCUCUUCAAGUGGACAUAAAGAUGUGAGGCCUGUUGAUCCAUUUCCAAAUGAUGUUAACGCUUCUUUCGCAGCUACCAAAACGAUUGAAGAUGAAUGGUCAUUCAAACGAUUUAAGAAAGAUGAGGUUAAUAGCUUGGAAAGCAUUGUACGCAUCAAAGAAGCAGAGGCACGAAUGUUUCAGAGUCGUGCAGAUGCUGCACGAGGAGAGGCAGCGAGUUUAAGGCGGUUUGCUUGGUUGGAGAGGGAAAAACUGAAGGAAGUGUAUUCUCAAAAACUCUGCAAACUGUGCUUGCAGGAAACAGAGGAAAGGAGGAGGAAAAAAUUGGAAGAGCUUAAGACUUUGGAGAAUGCUCAUUCUGAUUAUUGUGAGAUGAAAAUGAGAUUGGAUACGGAGGUUUCAGGCUUAUUAAACAGAAUGGAAGCUGUUAAACAGCUACUGCACAUGAGAAAUGCUUACCUGGGCUCCAAUAUGCUGGUGGUAACCUUGACAAAUGGUGAGUCGAAAUGUGUGGGAGCUAUCUGAUCAAGAGACAUAUUAAGAGAAGCAAUGGAAGUGUUAAGAAACAUGUUUGGGCCUGACAUUCCUGAUGCCACCGACAUAUUAGUCCUACCUUGGUGGAAUAAUCGGUUUAAGCGUGGUAGCCACAGUAAUUACCCCAUAUAUGCAAAUCAUCAACUCGUCCAUGAUAUUAAGGAAACAGUGGGGCGGAUAUUUCACAGGAGAACACACAAGUGACAAUUUUAGUGGCUAUGUCCAUGGAGGUUAUCUUUCCGGUUUGUUCAACUAUAAAAAAAGUUCCAUAGAAAACGAUCAAUUGGACAAAAACCACAAUUUCAUACGUUUCUAUUUUCUGAUUUCCUGCUAUAGAUUUUGGCAUUGCACUCCCACACUGAUCUUUUCUUGAGGUAAAUGCAUAUACGUAUGAAGGGUUGGUUUUGUCUCUCUUUUAUAUUGUAAGUUAACCAAUGAUUUUUUGGUCCUGAAACCGAUUUCUUUUUCUGUCCCUGUAUUCUACUGCAUAUUUAUUUCUAGUCUUGAAAGCGGCUUAGGUGAUCCGAGGAGAUAAUGAUUUUGUCCACAUCUUAGUCAUUUAAUUUAUCAUAAUAGCUUACAUGUGGCUGAUCGAUGAUUGGUGACCUUCAGGAACAUCCAACAUGAUGCAUUUGUCUAGAGAAACCAGCACAAUGGUUAAUGGUUAUAGAUGCUUGCUUGAGUUUUAAAUAGUGAACACACUUGUCUAACCUUAGAUAUCACAAUAUUGGACCAGUGUUAGCACGGGCCAUCACCACCUUUAGAAGUUGGAAUCCUACCGUUGUUGAUAGAGCAUAAUGAAUACAAAGAAUUCAUAUAGUAUUUGGCAGUGAUUUGUUAACACUUGAUAUCAACGAAUUUCUCUAUUAAAUGGUGAAGGCUAACCUUCUUACUCUUAAUUUCUCUGUCAAAUGGUGAAAUAUUUUGUAGUGGAACAACAACACUAUGAGCCUCGACUCAAACUUCAAUGCACGCCUCAGUGAUUUUUUCCUGGCACGAGAAGACCUUGUAUGUUGAUGAGACCAAGGGGGUGCUUGGCAUGAUGGGGUACACAUCGCGCUAGAGUGCUUCCACACUGGAAAAAGCCAUUCAAUAUACAUUCUGAUUUGUAUGUGUUCGGGGAAGUGUUGUAGUAUGUGUUCAGAGGCCUGGAACCAAUGUUAAUAACUUUCAUUUCUUCCUUGAUUGGGUUUGGUACUUGCAUCGCCAUGGAAUAAUCCUCGAAGCUGUUGAACGAGACUCGGGGAUGAUACCGUGGCAGAUGAAGCAAAGAGAUUGUUGUUGCUGGCUCUCUCUUGCAACCAUCUGAUUGCUAGUGAAUGGCUUAAACUAUUCAAGGUCUCAGUUCCACCAUUCAAGACAGCAUUUUCAUCAAGUUUUCUUGGAGAUGAUUUUUUUUUUCCUUGUAUUAAAGUAUUUUUUUGAUAUUUUCAUCAAGCUUCCUUUACUUUUAUAGUUAUCAAAUCUAUUUUGAUUUUUUUUUUUUUUGAGUCGAGGGUCUAUCAAAAACCACCUCUUUAUCUCAUAUACAUAAGAAUAAGAUGUGUGUAUAUUUCACUCUUCUUAAA